AUGGCCGACACGCCCUUGACGGCCCUGUGCGGCAUCUGCCACUCGUCGGCUCCGAGAUACAAAUGCCCCAGGUGCGCCGCCCAGACCUGCUCACUCGAGUGCGUGACCCGCCACAAGCAAUGGGCCUCUUGCAAUGGCCAACGUGACGCUACCGCAUACGUCCCCGCAAGCAAGCUCAGGACCCCGUCCGGCAUCGAUCACGACUACAAUUUUCUCAGCGCCAUCGAGCGUGUAAGGUCCCGCGCCGCACGGGAUAUUGCCGACCGGACGGGCAUCGCAUCCGCGGCCGAGCAGCCCGAGGAAGAAGAGAGGCCGAGACAUGGCCAUCAUCACUUUCAGAACGGCAACAAGGGCGCCCAGGUCCGCUUUCGCAAGGAGUGGAGGGGCGAGGAGCUUGUUCACGUACCUCUUGACCCGGCUGCCUAUUGGAAGCAGCAGCAGCUGGAGCAGGCUCUGGCAAAGAGUCACGUCGUUGAAGGCGCCUCAGAUGAGGAUGAUGAAGACGAAGCGGCGGAUACCACCAGUAGCUCGGGCAGCUCCGAUAGCGAUUCCGACAGCGAACCCGAAUCAAUUCCAACACAAGAGCCAAUGCAGCCUCAACCGGUUGUGACGUGGUACCCGCAGUCGUUCGGCACUCGCGACAAGGCGAGGUGCAGAGCCUUUGACAUUGAAGUAGUUGCGGCACCCAAAGGCCUGGCUAGACAACGGGAGAACAAGACAAAAGGGAACAGAGCCACCAGGGGUAUCAACUGGACCAUCGAAUGGCUUGUGUAUGAGAAAGACAUGGCUGAGCCUACGAGGGUGCUUCACAGUGCAUCGGAUGUCGAACCCCUUUACCGAUGCUUCGCUGGCUCCAUGGAGUGGGUUCGCAAGGGGAAGGAGCGAAAGGAACGCUUGGAAGCAGCAGCGGCACGGCAAAACACACCGUUUCCUUUCGAGGAAGUUGAAGAUGAAGUCCUAGAAGGUUCAAGCAGCGCAAUCCGAAGAAAGCGGCGGAGAAAAGCUCGUAACGCUGCGUUGGAAUCUCCACCAGGCCAACAGGAACAAGGCUCGACUGCCUGGCCAAUUAUGUCACCCUCGCAUGUUCAAAACCCAUUCACGUCUGCUUGGGUCCAGGAGGAAAACGCUACGGCAACAGCCCAUGGUUGGGACCUUGACGAGCAAGUGGAUCUGAAGCGUACGAAGUGGAAGUACUAUCUGCACAAGCCUGCUACGAAUCCCAAGGUACUGAUCCCUAUCAGCGCCGAGGAACCUCUAACGUUGAUAUUGCAGGGGCGGACUGUUCUCGAAUAUCCGACGGUUCAUGCCUUUGCAGCGGAUAUCAUGUCCCAAUUUCCACCAUCGGGACAUGUCGCCGGUUCCGUGAAGGAUAGACGCUCUAAACCGAUAACGCUCAACUCCAUCGACACAACAUCUGUUGCAUUUAGAACCAAUUCGGACUUCAAGUCACAAGGCACAAGGAACAAUAGAGAUGAUGGCCAGCACGAAGAAGAUCCAGGUCGCUCUCACUCGUACCAGAGUAACAAGCCUGGCCGGGCCAUGAGAGGUGGAAACCGCGGUGGUCAACAUCAAUACCAACCACAAGAUCGCAAACGGCCCUACGAGGCCCGCGGCGGCGGUGACAACAGGCAAUUUGGCCGCGGCCGCGGUCGUGGUCGGGGAAGAGGUGGUUUCGGCCACCAAGACCACAAUGAUCGGCCAAUGAAGAGAGGCAGAUUUGAAAAGGGCACGGAAGAGGGAGAAGUCAAGGAUACGGAUGAACACCGUGGUCAUCGCAACUUCUCACGAGGAGGAAACUCGUGGCGCGGCGGUAAAUCUUCUGUCCAGCAAGCUUCAGACGGCUCUCACGGGACGAUGAUGGACGUCGAUACCAAGCAGCUUGAGCAGGCUGUCCAGGCUGCUGCUGAGAGUGCGCUUGGAGGCCUUGUCAACUAUUCCGACAGCGAGUGA